GAACGAAUUCGCGUCAAUCGCCUUGGGCAUUUUGCAAAAUGCAGAUCGUGUUUUCAUUUGGUUAAAAUUUUGCGCGUAGUGCUGUAGUGAGCGAUAGAUUUACUGUUUCGCCAGCCGGAAAACAACAAUCGCGACAAUAAAAAAAAAGUACAAGAUCUGGUAUUCCACAAACGUUUGCGUCUAAAAUUGAACAAUGAUUUACAAUCAGCUGGGAAAUACUGAUAUGAAAAUAUCGAAUUAUUCACUAGGUGCAUCUGCAUUUGGAAGUGUCUACAGUGAGACAGACGAUCAAGAAUGUGUUGAACUUCUUAAAACAGCAUUAAAAAGAGGAGUUAAUCUUAUUGACACAUCACCCUGGUAUGGACAUGGUAAAGCUGAAACAGUUCUGGGAAAGAUAUUGCCACAGUUGGACAGAUCUUCGUGUUACAUCAAUACGAAGGUUGGAAGAUAUGAGAAAGAUAUUUCUGGAAUGUUUGAUUUUUCGUAUGAACGAACGAUCAAGUCUGUUGACGAAAGCCUCAAAAGAAUGAAUAUAGAUUAUAUUGAUGUCAUACAGGUUCAUGACUUUGAAUUUGCACCAAAUCUGGAAAUCAUUGUGAACGAAACCUUACCAGCAUUACAAAAGGUGAAAGAGCAAGGAAAAGCUCGAUAUAUUGGCAUCACUGCUUAUCCUAUUGAUGUAUUAAAAUCUCUCAUUCAAAAGUCUAAAGUGAAAAUCGACUCAAUUCUCAGUUAUUGUCAUGGAUCAAUGAAUGAUAAUUCGUUACAAGAUCAUAUGGCGUUUUUUGAGAGCCAGGGAAUUGGUGUGAUAAAUGCAUCUGGAUUAUCUAUGGGGUUAUUAACAGAUCGAGGCCCAGCUAAAUGGCAUCCUGCUGGAGUAAAAAUAAGGGAAGCAUGUAAAAAUGCUGCUGUAUAUUGUCAGGAAAGAGGAAGCAACAUAUCGAGGCUUGCUCUUUACUUCAGUAUCAGUCAACCGAAGAUUGCAUCUACACUGUAUAGUACAUCAAAACUUGCCAAGCUUGAAGCAAAUCUAGAUGUUGUUGAAAAUGGAAUCACUGAUGAAGAGAAACAAUUGAUGGGUGAAGUUGUUGAAAGAUUUUUCGAUCCAUUAGAGAGUAAGUCAUGGGAAGGUGUUGAAGUUGAAUCUUAUUGGAAAAAAUUGAAAAAAGCAAGCGAAGGUGGAUCACAAGAUUUUGAGUAUGCAUAAAAUGAAUGCCAUUUCGUAUUAUGAGAGAAUCAUUUCAGAUUUUAAUGCAGUCAUAAUUUUAUAUACUCUGGUGAUAUAUGCAUUUUAUCUAUAUCUACAUACAUAUUAUUUAUCUUUUAGGAGAUGCUGAAACAUUAAUUUUUGUUUCGCAUGGUGUUAUGUGCAAUUAUUCUUGCUUACAUUUAUUUUAGAAAUAAUAAUAGUGGAAAUUUCUGUUUGAUGAAAUCAAUUUUUCAUUCUGCCAGAUUGAUUCUCAUUAAUCUACCCUGAUAGAUUUCUAUACAACUUAUUAUAUGCAAUAUCAUUUUUUCAAGAAAUUCGUACAGUGGUUUAUAUCAAAUGUGUGCCAAAUUUUUUCGACAAAAAUGCGCUACGGAAAGGAAACAUAAGUACGAUUUUGAAAUAUUAAAAUGAAAAAAUAUGGCAAAAACAGUCACAAAAUUUUUUUGAAUUCUGAUGGAAGUAAUUUUUGUAAUAUAUAAUUGAAAUAUUAAUCUACCUUCUUCCACAUUUUCUUUUUGAGGAUACCGUAUUUUUGUUAAAAUAGUAUCGUUUUCAGUAAUAACAACUAUUUUAAACUCAAAAUUUCUAAUCUUCGUCACGCUGGAAUGAAAAUUUUCCUUUGUUUUCGUAAUUGAAAUUAUAAACUUUUUAAUUUGUGAGCGUUAUUUGCCAACGUGCAGCUUAUUGUGCAAUUUACUGAUUUAUUAUUUUAACUUAUCAAAUUGUAAUGUAAUCAAAUACAGUAUUAUGAUCGGUGAA